AUGGACAGAAUAGUCAGCAACAUAUUAGGUAGGCCUCUCGCCAUUCGCGACGACGACAUAGACACAGUGCUUCCGUCUGAUCUAUGCGACAAGAUCCUGCUUUCUGGUGUCGAGACACCUAUGGCCGAACAUCUGGUCGCAUGCCGCCGCGUUUCGAUCUUCGUUCAGAUCAUCAAGUAUCGCCUACUGUGCGGUGACAUUAUCGAGACUCUGCACAAUCAAGGUCGAAAGAAUCUUCCAGACGAUGAACUCCGCCACCGCAGAGAUCAAUUUGCAGCCGACCUCAAGACUUGGCGGUUGAACGUUGAAAGAGUCGUUCCUCCAAGCUCUGUGAUUGACAUGACGCCUUCGUCUUGCUUUACAUCACCUACUUGGUUCGAGAUGAUAUAUCAUAACGCUGUGCUAAUGCUUCAUCGGCCAUCCCCUAAACUGGACACAUCAAGAGACCCAGUUGCUGUACAAGCAAUCUUUACCUCCUCUCAGGCUUCCAUAUCCUCAUAUGCAAGUCUCCAUCGUAUGGGGAUCUUGAACCACAGCUGGCUUACACUACAAGCUUUAUUCAUGGCGGGAUUGUCAUAUGUGUACGCUGUAACGAUGCACUGCCAGGCCAAUCGUAGACAACUAGGCGGGCUGCUGAACAAAAAUCCGAGCACCAUGGAAGUGAUCAGUGACACACGUACGUGCUCAAAUAUCCUCGUAGCGGUUUCGGAGAGAUGGAAGUCGUUGCAACGCUGCGUCGACAUCUUUAAUAGAUUGAGCGAUGCUAUUCUGAUCGACGUUAUCAAAUUCAGCACAACCCCCAUCAACGCUACUCAUUUGCCGACCAACGAUUCGGGAAAUCGUGACGAACAGUACAGGGAGAGGUCCGAGUUGGCGGCAGAAACAAACUCAAACGAUUUGGUUCAGCACCCUCAAUGGAACCACGCAUCAUAUCUCCAGUCUAUGGGGACUGAUCGAGUGGUAUCUAGCCUAUCGCCAUUGGCUAUCGAGAAUGAGUUCAGAGGUUCAGCGUUCGAUCUGCAACAAAUGUAUGAUCAGCAGCAAGUCGAUAUGUCUGUGUAUCGAUUCUCUCAGGCUUGGUUCGACAGCUUCGACUUCUAUGGUGGUAUUGGGCCGCAGCUCAAUGACAUCACGAUGGGUACAAAUCUUUGA